CUCCCCUACGCGGGGCAGGCCAGCCCUGGGGCGCCUUAAAAACUGGAGCUGGCGCUUGGCAUCGCCACUCUGGGCAGGAUCCAACAUCGCUCCAGCUGCUCUUGACGACUCCACAGAUACCCCGAAGCCAUGGCAAGCAAGGGCUUGCAGGACCUGAAGCAACAGGUGGAGGGGACCGCCCAGGAAGCCGUGUCAGCGGCCGGAGCGGCAGCUCAGCAAGUGGUGGACCAGGCCACAGAGGCGGGGCAGAAAGCCAUGGACCAGCUGGCUAAGACCACCCAGGAAACCAUCGACAAGACUGCUAACCAGGCCUCUGACACCUUCUCUGGGAUCGGGAAAAAAUUCGGCCUCCUGAAAUGACAGCAGGGAGACUUGGGUGACCCCCCUUCCAGGCGCCAUCUAGCAGAGCCUGGCCCUGAUCUCCGGGCAGCCACCACCUCCUCGGUCUGCCCCCUCAUUAAAAUUCACGUUCCCA